GCUGGUGUUGCUCAUAAUUGGGGACUCAUUCGCGCAUAGACCCUGGGGAUCAUUUAUACAUGGUUUCCUGUCUGGGUUUCCCGUGGUGAGUCUUGUUCUGGUCCACAGCAUAUGAACCAGCCAUUGAGCGAGCGAUCUUGUCAAUUGAUUCAUAGAGGACUCGUGGUGCGUGGUUGGUCUUGCUGGUUUCUCUCAAGCAGGUAAUCAGUCCCGUCGCCAUGGAGCGCCCAGCCUGGAUCGCCAGGCAGCUGGCCUCCAGGAUCCAGUCACGGGCCUACGCGACACACGGGCUCGAGAUCCCGGCAAAGAAGCUCAAGUAUGUGCCCAAGUCGGGCACUUUCCCGCUUGGCUUCCGCGUCGCCGCCGUCAACGUCGGCGUCAAGCCCGCCAACACCACCAAGCCCGACCUGGCCUUGAUCACUUCAGACCACCCCUGUGCUGCCGCCGCCGUCUUCACCAAGAACAAGUUCCAGGCCGCCCCCGUCACCUUCAGCCGCGACCUGCUCGCCCGCACCGGCAACCGCGUCCGCAGCGUCGUCAUCAACUCGGGCUGCGCCAAUGCCGUCACCGGCAAGGGUGGCCUCGAGGAUGCCGAGGCCAUGUCCCGCCAUACCGACCGUGUCACCGGCGCCUCAGACUCCACCAUCGUCAUGAGCACCGGUGUCAUCGGCCAGAGGCUCCCCAUAGACAAGAUCACCCACGGCAUCCCCAAGACCCACGCCGCCCUGGGGUCCACCUUUGACCACUGGCUGUCCACCGCCAUCGCCAUCUGCACCACUGACACCUUCCCCAAGCUCAUCUCCCGCGAGUUCACCCUGCCCUCGGACCCCGCCAGGACCUACCGCAUCGCCGGCAUGACCAAGGGCGCCGGCAUGAUCCACCCCAACAUGGCCACCCUGCUCGGCGUCAUCGCCACCGACGCCCCCGUCUCGUCUUCUCUCAUCCCCUCCCUGCUCCGCUCCGCCGUCGACUGCUCCUUCAACUCCAUCACCAUCGAUGGAGACACCUCCACCAACGACACCGUCGCCCUGCUGGCCAACGGCGCCGCCGGCGGCCAGGAAGUCGCUGACGAGCAAGGCCCAGACUACGCCGCCCUCGCCGCCGCCGUCCGCUCCCUGGCCACCGAUCUUGCCCAGCUCGUCGUCCGCGAUGGCGAGGGUGCCACCAAGUUUGUCACCGUGCAGGUCACCGAGUCUAGCUCCGAGGCCGCCGCCCGCAAGGUCGCCAGCACCAUCGCCCGCUCACCCCUGGUAAAGACCGCCCUGUACGGCCGCGACGCCAACUGGGGCCGCAUCCUGUGCGCCACCGGCUACUCGCUACUGUCUGAGCCCGGCUCCUCCGCCUCGGCUACCGCCGCCGCGGAUGAGGUCGCCAACGCCGUCGUGGUCCCCGAGAAGACCAACGUUUCUUUCGUGCCCACCGAUGGUUCCGCCGAGCUGAAGCUCCUGGUCAACGGUGAGCCCGAGACCGUCGAUGAGGCACGCGCCUCUGAGAUCCUGCAGGCUGAGGACCUGCACAUCCUCGUCAGGCUGGGCACUGGGGACAAGGAGGCAAAAUACUGGACUUGCGACUACAGCCACGAGUAUAUCACGAUUAACGGUGACUACCGCACAUAGAGACACAGCCGGUUCUCCUAGAUACAAUUAAAAGCGAUGUACUAUUCCGAAACGAAAACUCUAUAGAUGACGAGAGCAAUUUUAAACUGCUAGUGCUGGUGCUGAUUGUCUGUUUCUAAAGACAGACAUGACACAAGCAAAACAACAAAAUGAUUCCACGUUUGAGUUCUUCGCAUGGCUUGUAACACAGGAAUGGCUAGUCUUAGACCUUCUGAAGCUAUUUGCAGCCUCGCUGCCCUCAUAGCCUCUUCCAGUCACAAGUAAUUCAGACUCUAAACA